GAGCGAGAGAGCGGAUUUAAAGGACUCGCCGAGGGAUUAGCCGUUCUUCCCACAAUGCAGCGAAACGCUUCCUCCCUCUUGCCCCCACCCCUUCUUUCAUUGACCUUUUCCCUCGACUUUUUCUAUGUGGCGGGCAAAUAUUGCUCCCCACUUUCCGGACCGCCUGGCCCUUUAAUGAGGCCCCUUUAAUUCCUUUCUCUCGCUUUGCCUCCUUCUUUGGCCAUUCGGGGCCACCCCCUCUCCUCCAAGAGAGGGGGAGAGCAGCGUGCAAGUACCUCAGUUUUCUGGAGCCCUCCUGCUGUCUGCUUUUGCAGCCGUAUCUCCUCCACCCCUUUUUGUUCCUGCGCUCUUUCCCCCCAUCUCAGAAUGGCCUCUGGCGUGGAACUCCUUCGAUUCCAGCUCCCUGGCCACGAGGCGGCCACCCUGCGCAAUAUGAACCAGCUCCGUUCCGAGGAGCGCUUCUGCGACGUCACCAUUGUGGCCGACAGCCUGAAGUUCCGGGGCCACAAGGUCAUCCUGGCGGCCUGCUCCCCGUUCCUGAGGGACCAGUUCCUCCUCAACCCUUCCUCCGAGCUCCAGGUUUCGCUCAUGCACAGCGCCAAGAUUGUGGCUGAUCUCCUCCUCUCGUGCUACACGGGCGCCUUGGAGUUUGCUGUCCGGGACAUCGUCAACUACCUGACGGCCGCGAGCUACCUGCAGAUGGAGCAUGUGGUGGAGAAAUGCCGGAAUGCCUUGUCCCAGUUCAUUGAGCCCAAGAUCAGCCUCAAGGAAGAAACGGCAAAAUAUGGAGGACACCGUCGGUCCAAGUCCCCUAGCGUAGUGGGCUGCUCAACCUCAUCCCACAAAGAACACUCACGGAAGAGAUCUCUACAACGGCCUGUCAAGCUGGAGUUCCCCCUUGAAGAAGAGCUGGAGAUGAAAGCGGAGGAUGAGGAUGAAGAGCAGGAAGAUGAUUAUGGCGAUGAGGAUGCUGUCUCGGACAUCUGCAUCGUGAAGAUAGAAUCGGCCCUGGAGGUGGCCCAGCGUCAAAAGAAGCAGCAGCAGCAACAACAACAGCAGCAGCCCCAGCAAGGAGGAGCCAGUUGGAGCAAAGAUAUGUCUCCUCAACAGAGUUGGAACAAGGAAAGUUCUCCUCAGCCCACGUGGGGCAAGGAGUCUUCUCCCCCACCUGGGUGGAACAAGGAUGGAUCCGGAGACCAGGAAGAGCCUCAAGUCAACUCUACAGUGGCCGAAGCCAUGGGGUCUUCUCCAGAAUCAACUCCAGAGAAGCCUCCGCACGGAGUGGUGAAGGCCUCCUACAGCCUCACUGAGGAUGCUGAGGGCGAAGGCCUCUUAAUUAUUCCGGGCGGAGGCUACUUGGAGGAGACCAGCGAAGCGGCCGCGGUGGCGGCAGAGUGCCAGAGCAGCGGAGGUGGGAUGGGGCUGGUCCUUGCCGGACUGAGCGGGCGCCCCUUCUCCACUUUCCCCGCUGUGGGAAGAGGCGGCAGCGCCGGAGGAGGGAGCGUCUCGAGGAUCAUUCGCUGCACCAAGUGCGAGGAGGUUUUCCAAGGGGUGGAGAAGCUGGUCUUCCACAUGCGGGCCCACCAUUUCAUCUUCAUGUGCCCCCGCUGCGGCAAGCAGUUCAACCACAGCAGCAACCUCAACCGGCACAUGAACGUCCACCGCGGCGUCAAGUCCCACUCCUGCACCAUCUGCGGGAAGUGCUUCACCCAGAAGUCCACCCUCCACGACCACAUGAACCUCCACAGCGGCGAGAGGCCGUACCGCUGCUCCUACUGCGACGUCCGCUUCGCCCACAAGCCGGCCAUCCGGCGCCACCUCAAGGAACAGCACGGCAAGACGACGGCCGAGAACGUCAUGGAAGCCAGCGUGACCGAGAUCAACGUCCUCAUACGCUGAAGAGGAGAACCUGGUGGCAACAAGUGUUGGUAGUAGGGCCGGAUUUGGCGGGAAGUGGAAGGGGGAGGGGCUCCUGAGCUCUGAGGGAGGGAAAUGGGGUGUAGUGGUUAGAACGUAGGGGUGGCGAGCCAGGACUCCUCGAAGUUUGGGGGAAUAGCAUUAGUGUCUAGUAUACUAGCGAGGUGGAGCUCACGGAUUCUGUGGAAGGGGCUUGGGGGUGGGGUAGGGCUAGUGGAUUAGAAAAGAAUAGGUUACAUGGGAAGAAAGGUUCCUGAUUUACCCAGGAAAUGAAGGGGAUCUAGUCACUCAACAGGGACUGGCAGAUCAGAGGGUAGGACACUGGAUUCUUGGGUUCUGUUCUCUCUAUAGAACUGCUCGAUAGCUCAGGAAUUUAGGUCUCUGGCUGCAAAGCCGGAGUUUGGGAGUUUGGUUCCCCGCUGUGCCUCCCAGAUAAGGGGCUGGACUUGAUGAUCUGUAGAGUCCCUUCCAGCUCGGCAGUCCGAAGAGGAUGAUAAUCCUUCACAGUUCCCACUGCUGUGCCCCAAAUGCCCUAUUGCCAGAUAAAAAACCGCUACCUCUUUUAAAGCCCAGUCUUAACACGUGUUUACUGGACAGCGAAGUCCCGUUGAAGUCACCAACUCCCAAGCGAUGGGGUGUAGGAUUGUGGCCUUUGGGUUGUUUGGGGAGAUGCCUUGGCCUCCUAAAUACCUCCUCCCCCUCCGCUAAAGGGUGAAAGACCUCAUUCUUUCUCAGCAGCCAAAGAAACAAAACAAAACAAAAAAAGAGGUUGUUUUAAAACAACACAGUGUCAGCAGGGAAGGUGAAUGGACCGUAGUCUGUGACCUCUGAUCUUCCUUCCUGGUUUUCAGGAGGUGGGAACGGUUCACCAGGAAAUCCUUACUUGAAGCCCCCCCAAUACGGUUUGCAGAGUUUGGGGAAUUGUAGUGGUGAAAGGGAAGUUAUCACAAUUUAAAUCUAAUGUGUGGAUUUCCCCCGAGGAUUCAGACCCCAAAAUCAUUUGGACAAAAAGCGUCUCUGCUGCCUAGUGUGACUUCAGAAGCCUGUUAGCUUUGGUUUGCGGGGUGGAAUUUCAUCCAAAUACCAAAUGAGUAAUCUAGAGGAAUCUGGUGGAUUAGGAAGGCAAACCGAAGAGGGGAGCAGCAGAGCUGAGCGUAUCCUGUUUUUCCACAGUUAUAUCAUCCAGGUGUAGAAUGUCAACCUUCUAAGACUAUUUUUAUAAUCAAUUCAAGGACUUUUACAGAGGUUUCUAGUCCUCAUGGCUGUGAACAUAUGCUUGAUAGGCAGGUGCAGUGUUUAUUGGAAUUUUUUUCACCCAGAAACACAGUGAGUAGGUUUUCUGUGUUUGGAGAACUGGACUUCAGGUGUAGAUCUUGCUUUUUCCAUUGGGUAGCAAAAGCAGAGUGAAUUGUGAGAAAAGGAAACCAAUACAUUCUUUCUGAGUGUUAUGUGCUGCCACAUCAGGUCCAAUAUAUAGUGACCCUAGUGGGUUUUUGAGGCAUGUGAGGUAUUUAAAUAGUGGCUUAACUAGUACCACUCCUGGUAAGACAGGCAAAAUCAAAAGAAAAAUAAAAAGUAAAGAAGACAAAAGUAUUGUGACACCUUAAAGACUAAC